CCCCCCCGCCAUGGCCCAGCAGGGGCCCCGGCGCGGCCCCAGAUAGCGGCUCGGUCUGCGCGCGGCCCGGGGCGCCGGGCCCAGCUACUGCAGGUUCCACGUACAUUGGAGUUCCUGCUAGUGCUGACCAUGACCAAGGCAAUUCAUGUCAGCUUUAUUGUGUUACUGUCCAUGUGGAUGGAGGCUAAUGUCAUUUUAAAACAUACAAGUCAAAUUGGUCUUCCAUAACCCUUUACACUGCAGGAAUGAUCUCUUUGGCUAUGUAGCUAAUCUUCAUUGCUCACGGGUCAGCAAGGCCUACUUGUUUAAAAUUUCCCUGAAUGGCCACAUGCAUUCCAGCUGAAGACUGAUACCACAGCAACCAAUUACUUUUGGCAACUGAUCAGAAACUGCUUCAUGCUUCAUCUGUAAAUUAGUUAUCUAUCUGCUAUAAAACUAUAAUGUUGACAACUAGCUACCCACAGUGCUUCUAGUAUGUCAACUGUGGACAUCUUAAUUUUGGCUGUCUCCUGGGCCAAGGCACCAGCCAUGCAGAAUUUCUUUAACAGAAAUCACAGGGCUUACAAUAAGAUUUCAAAUCAUCAUGCCAAACUGGAAAUUUCCCAGACCAGAAUGAAAGCCAUAUCAAGGGGAUGAAGGUGGCCUAUAAGAAGACAAAGAAGAGUAAAUCCAGGAGUGUUACCAAUGUUUUGUCCAUUUCCUCAUGAAAUGAAUUGAAUUAUUAGAUUCUGCCCCAUUACAAGACUGGUGUACUUAAUGGACAGCCUGGCCCUCUUAAUGCUGCUCAUCCCAGGCUUGAAGCACGAAGACCCCGUGUCCUAACUGGACAUGCUUCACAGUCGUCAAGCCAGGAGAAUAAUUCAAAAGAGGGCAGACUGCUUGAAUUUCAGGCGUUGUCAUACCUCUGCUAGUCUCCUUCUCAGCUGGAGCUUGGAAAAAGGAGACUUCAGGUUGCAGAGAGAGGGUGACAAGCAGUGUAACUGCCGGACCAUGGCUGAAUAUGUUCAUCCUCUCAGAUGUGAAGGGAGGACAGUGAAUUCCAAAGACAGACAUUUCAGGGAUUUUGAGGUGCUUACACACAAACCCUCAAGCCAUCCUGCUCCCUCUGCCUCAUGUGCACUGCUUGCAUCUGCUCCCUCACUUCCGUGUAAUGGUGCACUCCAGAAUAGAGUGCUCUGGUACUUGAAACAGCAGGGGCAUAUCUCAGCCAUAGCCUGUGCAUGCCAGUGCAGAGAAGAGGGAAUGAGAAACAGCGCCCUGAAGUGAUGCACUUCCACUACCUCCAAGGAUAAUUGUGACCACUUGCAUGGUGAAAGAACAUCAGCAAAAGUGAAAAAAUGGGUGUAAAAACAUUUACUCAUAAUUCCCCUGCUCACAGCCAGGAGAUGCUUGGAAAACUUAACAUGCUUCGCAACGAUGGACAUUUCUGCGACAUCACCAUUCGCGUGCAGGACAAAAUCUUCAGGGCACACAAGGUGGUCUUGGCAGCCUGCAGCGACUUCUUCCGCUCCAAACUAGUUGGCCAAGCAGAAGAUGACGGCAAGAGUGUAUUAGACUUGCAUCAUGUGACAGUGACUGGCUUCAUACCCCUUCUGGAGUAUGCUUACACAGCCACAUUGUCUAUCAACACAGAAAAUAUUAUUGAUGUGUUGGCUGCAGCCAGCUACAUGCAAAUGUUCAGUGUUGCUAGUACAUGCUCAGAAUUCAUGAAGUCGAGUAUUUUAUGGAAUACACCCAACAGCCAGCAAGACAAGGUGCUAGAUGCAGGACAAGAAAACAGUGCAAACUGCAACUUUACCUCUCGAGAUGGCAGCCUUUCUCCGGUUUCCUCUGAAUGCAGUGUGGUGGAAAGAGCCAUUCCUGUUUGUCGAGAGUCCCGAAGAAAGCGCAAAAGCUACAUAGUCAUGUCUCCUGAAAGUCCACUUAAGUGUAACACACAGACGAACUCCCCCCAAGUGCUCAAUCCUUCAGCUUCCUACGCAGAGUCCAGAAAUCAGCCGGUAGACUCUUCCUUAGCUUUUCCUUGGACUUUUCCUUUUGGAAUUGAUCGAAGGCUUCAGUCUGAGAAGGUGAAACAGGUAGAGAAUUCUAGGACUUUGGAACUCCCUGGUCCCUCUGAGGCAGCCAGAAGAAUUACUGAUUACGUGACAUGUGAGAGCACAAAGGCCAGUUCUCCUCUUGUGAUUGAAGAAGAUGUGCGUGUCAAAGUGGAAAGGUUAAGUGAUGAGGAGGUUCACGAGGAAGUAUCGCAGCCUGUCAGUGCAUCCCAGAGUUCUCUGAGUGAUCAGCAGACAGUCCCAGGAAGUGAGCAAGUUCAGGAAGAUCUCCUGAUCAGCCCACAGUCUUCCUCUAUAGUGCCAAAUGGUUUGACUACAGUCCAUUCACAGAGUACCGUUUUGGAAAGAUUGGUGCAUUCCAUAACUGUCAAGGGAGUUAAAGGUUCAAUAGAUGAAGGGGUUACUGAAGGAUUACCCACUCUCCAAAGUACUUCUGGCACUAAUGCUCAUGCAGAUGAUGAUGAUCGGUUGGAGAAUGUUCAGUAUCCCUACCAACUCUACAUUGCCCCUUCUACCAGUAGCACAGAGAGACCCAGCCCAAAUGGCCCAGAUAGACCUUUUCAGUGUCCAACCUGUGGGGUCCGAUUCACCCGCAUUCAGAACUUAAAACAGCACAUGCUCAUCCACUCAGGCAUUAAACCAUUUCAGUGUGACCGUUGUGGGAAAAAGUUCACCCGAGCUUACUCGCUAAAGAUGCAUCGCCUGAAGCACGAAGGUAAACGCUGUUUCCGGUGCCAGAUAUGUAGUGCCACUUUCACUUCCUUCGGGGAAUAUAAACACCACAUGCGGGUUUCCCGGCAUAUUAUCCGCAAGCCUCGGAUUUACGAGUGCAAAACAUGUGGCGCCAUGUUCACCAACUCUGGAAAUUUAAUCGUUCACCUGAGGAGUCUGAACCAUGAAGCAUCAGAGCUAGCAAACUACUUCCAGAGCAGUGAUUUCCUAGUCCCGGACUACUUAAACCAGGAGCAGGAAGAGACCCUCGGGCAAUAUGAGCUAGGAGAGCAUGGGUUUGAAAGCAACUCCUCUGUCCACAUGCCUGUCAUUUCGCAGGUCUCGUCGACUCAGAAUUGCGAAAGCACUUUCCCCUUGGGGUCUUUGGGUGGGUUGGCAGAGAAAGAGGAAGACAUGCCGGAGCAGCCAAAGACUAAUGCUAGUGCCGAGGCAACCAGUGAUGACCCUCCGAAAUCAGAGCUGUCCUCUAUUACUAUUGAAUAAUUCAUGGUUUGGCUUCAUUUUUGUUCUUUGGAAAGUGCCUGUGUUUGGUCCUGUACAUUUUAAUUUAAUUUUUUUAAACAAAAGGAGGGAGAUUUCCCUUUUUACUUUGUAAGCUACACUUUAAACAGAAAACUGCAACAGAUGUUACAUUAUUUUUCAUGACUGAAUGAUCAGUUCUGUGAAAAUGUUUGACUGAAUGCACAGUAAGGUCCUGUCAGAGCAUCAUAGAAGCUGUGAUGCACUUCUAAAGAAGAAGCAAUCGACUGAAAUCACUUCAACUUCCUUCUUCCACCAUUAGAACAGCUCAUUACAUUUCUAAUGCUUCUGCAGACCGUCUGUUAAAGGGAGAGAAUCAGAAGACACUUUUAAAAUGACCAGUACAAGCAUGCAUGCUUGCAAGUUAAUUAAUGAGCAGAGUUUUGACUAACUUUGAGUAGAUGCGUUAAUCUUCUGCUUAAAAUAUGGCAUGUCCUAUCUUUGUCCUUACUGUUUUUCAAACUGCUUACUGUAACCCUUUUCUUGGAAUUGUAAGCAUUUCUGAAAUUUAACAGUACUGCCCUUUUUAAAAAUGUCUCUUUACCAAAAAAUCUCUGAAUCAGUUCUGACAAACUGAGUGAUGACGCCAUGCCAGGUCCUCCCACUUCUGAUAUUCCACUCCUUUUAGAAACUGCUCGUUCAAAUAACCAGUUCUGAUUUGCUUAUAUGGGGCGAGACAUACAGUCAAGGAAAGUAUAAAUCCAUGCAAGCCUGACAAAUCUGUCAUCACUGUAUCUUUCUGUAAAGGAAACCACCUUUAAAAAAAGAAAACAUGUCCCAGACUAAAACUCUUAAACCUUGGCCAGACUGCUUGCAGUCCUAGUCACUUUCCCCAUCACACAUAUCACUAAUAUCCAAAAGCUGGCUAGAGAGAGUUUACAGAGAGAAAAAAAGUUCUUUUGUGCAUUAUUACACACUUUUGUGCUUAUACAUAUGCAUGUAUGCUUUCUGGGGUUUUUAUUAGUCUGUUUUGGACAAAACAACCAAUUUAUUCUUUUUAGAGGCCAAGUUUCUAACCCAACAGAGGGUUGUUUAUAAAAACCCUAUAUAACAAUGUUAUGUUGUUCCUGUUCCAAAACAUUUUAAACCUUUGCCAAGUUAGUUUAUUAAAGGCUGUUACUCCAGCUCCGUACACAGCUCAAACAAGCAAUAAAGUGAAAGAUUUGCAAUUUCAUUUUUUCCAGAUUUAGAAAAGGCUGUAAAUUUUGAGUAUGGGAUUUUCAGAGCAGCGAUUCUUAUUUUGUUGCAGGCAGUUUGGGCUAUAGUAAAGCUUAGAAACUUAAAUUAGGGAUUGUAUAAAUUCUUUAGCUGCUGAUGAAAUUAACUCUGUUUGAUACACACACCGCUGUGUUCCACAAUCCACAGCAUGCUGAGAGUUUAAGUAUUACCUGACCUUAGUAUUCCAUGGGCGUGUGUCAGACUCCCUUGGUUUUAGAUCUGCUUGGUAAACUCAUCUCCCUCUGUCUCACACACACAUUGGAUUGAAAGAGAAACAUAGAGAAAUGUUUUUUUAAAAGGGAGGAAGAGGAGGUGCAGAGCUCAAAUGGCAAGACUGAUUAGUGCACAAUGACUUCAGCAGUUCUAAUGCAUCUGUAGAACUAGGAAAUAUCUGCUGACAGCAAAUCAGUGUAAAGUUUGUUGCACAUUGGUAACAUUUUAAAAGGCUUCAGUGGUAACAUACUUACACAUUUCUAGUGUUUCUUUCAACAAGUUUUCCCUACCCUGUGUUGGUGUAAAAAAAAAAAAAACAUUAAUAAGAUUCCCAGUUUUUUCCAAAUUACUGAAGCUAAGUUGUUUUUUUUCCCCCCGUCUGAUCUGCAGAAAAUGUCUCAGCUACAAUUCAUCUUAUAUGUCUAUCUUGGUCUUCUGUAAAAGGCUUAGAGCAGAGCAGUUUUUCAUUCAAAAUACUGUACUAUGAAAUAGGCCAGUAUCCAUUGAAGGGACUGGAUCAGAUGACCAAUCCUCUUCCACUUCUGAUUUCUAUAAUUGAGAAUCCAGUGAGAAGGGACAUUGCCCGUUAAAUGUUUCUUCCCUCAUCCCCCUGUAGUUCAGGAUAAAAGAAGGAUCUGGUACUAAACCCUAAUUCAUGAUCCUCUUUCUCUUUUAUAAAAGCAUAAGUCUUCCUUGUACAUGACAAUUUUUAGUCAGUCAUAAGUUAAAAAGCACUUAGAUAGACACACAAACUCAGACUUUACAACUGGCCCACUGUGUAUAAUGCACAAUGAAUUAACACAUCACGCAUGGAUGGACUUAUUCCUUCUGUCAAAAAAAAAAGAUGGUUUUCACCCAGGACAAGAUCUGUUGUAACACAUAAGUUACUGAUCAUGAGAUGUGCAAAUGCAGCAUACGAAACACCUAGAAUAACUGGUUUUUAGAUGGCUUAAAAUUCUGUCGGAAGGUUAACUGCUGUCUGAAAUGCUGCAGAGAACACAUUAAAACUUGGUAGCUACACGGACUGUAUUGUAGCUCUAAUCUGUUCUUUGGUUGGUAUUUGUAAUUGUUUCCUGUGAAUAUAUGUAUCCCUUCUCCAUAGAGAGGAGUCCAAAUGAAAUGUAAAUCUUAGUUCAUUUCUCUUUUCCCUGUCUUUCUGGAAGUGCUCAGUUCAUUGGAGUACUAAUGUUCCUCACAGGAGAGA